AUGGCUGAAUACAAAGCAGACAGAAUAAAGUCAGCAGGUGUUGCAUUGCUUGUGCUGGCCAUCACACGGGUGUACCUUGUCAUUCCCAAGAGGGACAGAGCCCGCGUCCAAAAGAGAAACAAGCGAACUAAACCAUGCAAAACAUGCGUCUUUUUGGGUUCAGGUGGACAUACAGCAGAGAUGCUACAACUAAUGAAGUCGUUGAACUCCAGCCAUUACUACCCUAGAACUUACAUUGUCGCUAAUACAGACAUCCUGAGCGAAGAAAAAGCAAUUGCAUACGAGCAAUCAACUGGGCAGCAAAAUGAAUUUAGAGUAUGCACUAUACCAAGAGCAAGAGAGAUGGGGCAACCAUGGUCAACGGUCCCUCUUACAGCGUUGAUUGCGUUGGUGGCAUCUGUCAAAGUCAUGGUAACAGCAUGGCCGGAUCUGAUUGUUUGCAAUGGGCCUGGCAGCUGUAUACCCAUCUGUAUGCUAGCUUAUAUUCCUAGAGUUUUAGGCGUCAAAAAGAUGGAAAUAAUUUACAUCGAAUCAUUUGCUCGCGUGGAAUCCCUGUCAGUAACUGGAAAACUAUUAUACCCAUUUGUGGAUCGAUUCCUAGUUCAAUGGCCUGAAUUGAGUAACAUUUUUGAUAAAGCUGAAUACAGAGGCAUUCUUGUUUAA